UGAUUUGUCAACACGUAGUAGUUACGAACAUUUGUUUUAUUUAUAAAUAAUUAACUAUCUAAAAGAAUACCAUAAGAUUAUUUUUUUAUUGUUGAACACGCAAUUUAUAGUUCAUUCUAAUAAUGCCUUCAAGUGAUAGUGAAGAUUUUGAAAGUGCUGACGAAGGUCAUAGUCUGGAUAAAAAAGAGAGAAAACAACGUAUUUCAUCUUCUAAUUACAGUGAUAAUUCUAUAGAAACUAAUUUAGAACCAGAAAAAAAUACACUAACCUCAAAUACCCUUACUUCCGAGAAGAAGGACGCAACAGAACCCACUGAUGGCUGGGAUGAUUUUGAUAUAGAUGAAAAUGAAUCAACAGAAUCUAAACCAAAACAAGAAGUGAAGAAUAAGCAAACAAAUAAAGAACCUACAGUAAAGGAAAGUGAGAAGAGUAAAGAUACAGGAUGGGAUGAUUUUGGUGAUUGGGAGCAGGAUUUGACUACAAAUAAUACUAUUCAGAAUGAACCACUGGAAUCAUCAAAGAAAACUGAAUCUGAUAUAAAGGAAGUGACCGACCGCCUUGCUGCUGCAUCCACAAAGAGCACAGCAUGGGGAUGGGGGUGGGGAGUGGACUCCCUGAUAAGUACUGCAACUGCUGGUAUUACGACCCUCACCUCACAGGUGUCACAGGGUAUCACUACAGUUCUAGAAACUGGUAUUGGUGCACCAGACCCUGAGGAAUUAGCAAGGAGAAAUCUAAAGGAUACAGAGGUGAAAGCGACUAAAACUGAUGAGGUGGCAAUAUCUGACAGUAGUAAGGAGGAGGUACCAGAAUCAAAGAGUACCAAUGAGACAGCAUUCCCAGCAUUUGGCAGUUUAUUAUCAGGAGUUACUAGAUUUGUUGAAACUACUGGUACAAAAGUAAUAUCAGGUGGCCUAGAUACUCUAGAAACGAUUGGCAAGAAAACUAUGGAAGUACUUCAAGAUGGAGACCCAGGGUUAGCUAAAAAGCGUGCAUUGCUCGGCUUAGAUCCUGCUGACAAGCCAGUACUAUCACAGGUGUUGAGGGAGGCAAAGGCGAAAGCAGAAGAAGAGGAUAGGAUACGGGAAGAGAAAAGAGAGGCAAAAGAAGUCCAUUACGAGAAUUUGUUUGAUGAUUUUGAAGGUCUAGUACAUCUAGAAGCCCUAGAGAUGUUAUCACGGCAGGUGACCAUGCGUCUAGAGGAACGCAUACAAGGUGCUGCUCCAGAGAAAAGGCAGGAUAUUAAGGAGACAUUACAGCAAGUUGCAGAACUUUGCGAAAUGCCAGAGGAGGAUGACGAUGAUGACGAGGAAUCAUCGGCGAAAGAUAUGUCGAAAGCUGACGCAUUCCACGAGAAGCUGCAUACUGCAACGCAGGAUCUUGGUCUUAAACUGCAAUUCCAACCUUUGAUAAAGCAAUAUUCAGAGAUAUUAACUUGGCUGGAUACUACAGAUGCUGAUUUGACUCAAAAAGCUGUGUACAAACGAUCAGUCAGCGGACUGGCUCAGUCAACUGCAUUGUCAGUAGAAUUGUACCACAAAACAGCUGAAAUGCUUCUCGUCAAGACCAGACGCUCUACUGCAGAUGAAGCCGAUGCUCUUACUCAGAUGACAGUGGCUCUCACAAAACAUGUUAGCGAAUUGGCGACAUUGUUCACGGAGAAAUUGAACUCUAUACCUGUUGAAAAUAAGGAACAAAAUAAUAAUUAUAUAACUAACAUAUUUUUGGAGGCGGGAAAUAGUUCGACAUAUAUACAAAAUGCAUUCCAGUUAGCUCUGCCGAUAUUACAAAUUGGUGCUGUAUAGUUAAAAGUAACUGACUGUGUAUAUACAUAUAUAUAUGUAACUUACUUACUAACUUUACCAUAUAUUCUUGAAGCCUAAGUUCAAAUUUUUAACUACUGAUUUAUAUAAUACAAAUAAAUAUUAUUUCCAAAUAUUACUUCAAAGUGUUAAUUACGAUGAUAAUAUAAUAUAAUAACAACAUUUAUUUACAAAGAAACAUUGUACGAUAUAUAUUUAUUAAAUCAUAUGUUAUCUGUUAUAAUUUAGAUAUAUGUAUAUCUAUAUUAAUAUUAAAAGAGGAAAGCUUGUGAGGUUGUAGGGUCCAAUCUAUGGAUCUACUGGACCGAUUUAUUUUAAAACCCUAUAAUUUUACUGUCAUUUCUCAUUACUAAUAUAAUAUAGUAGUGCAACUCAGCAAUAAUAGCAAAGAUUUAUGUAGAUUUUUAGUACAAUAUGUUGUGAAAAAUUAAGAUCUUUUAAAAUACCUUAUAUCUCAGGCCAAUUGCAAGUACCAUUUAGUCCCAAGCUAAAAUCCAGAGCAGAGGUCCUGUUAUAAGUAAUAUAGUCAACUUAUUACUUAUAACAGGACCUCAGGAUUAGAAAUACUUAGAUUUUUUUAUAAUUACAUACCUAAUAUGCACAGAAAACAUCCAGAGUUAUACAAAUAAUCAGACUCAUGAAUACAAAUGUUUGUACCACACGAGGAAUCGAACCCGCGGUGUGCUAAACCAUGAGACCACCGAGGUGUCAAAUAAUACUACAUUACAAGUUAAAAUGGCUUCCACUCAGCUUUUGCCGAAGAUUGUACUGCAGUAUUAAUUUUACU